CCGCUGCAUCUGGUGGUGCUGACGGGGGUGCUGGCGCUGGUGGGCUCCCGCGUGGCCGCACUGGUGGUGCUGGAGUUCUCCCUGCGCGCCGUCUCCACCGUCCUCUCCCUCGGCAAGGGCGCCCACAGCAGCCAGCUCUACCUGCUGUGCCAGUACUCGCUGGGCUGCGGGGUGUCCUGCAGCCUCAGCUUCUUGCUGGAAGGGGCUCCCCACGGGACCUGCAACCUGCUGCUGGUGGCGGGGCUGGCGGUGCUGCUGGCCGCCUACGCCCUCUGCACCCUCUACGAGCUGCACAGCCGAGCACGUUACUGCGGCAUCUGCAUCCUCCUCCUCACCACCGGUCACGGCAUCCCCCGGCUGCUCCGAAACGCUUUGGCCGUCACCUUCACCGUGACCGACCUGGCUGCCGUGGCGCUCAUCAACCGGGAUUUCCUCACCACG